UCCAAAUCCCCACCACGAACGCGACCGCGCGCAAUCCCAUCUUCCUGACUACAGCUCAUUCGAACAUGCGCACCACCGGCCAUCCUUGGCCACCGCAGCUCCCACGCUGCUCCCCAACAUGACCGUCUCCGACCUGAAGCCGACCCUCCCGAUCGGCCUGACCUCACCCACCCACAAGAGCUCUUCCGGUGCAGGCAAGCCCUCGACCACCCCGAACAUCGCCAAUGUCGUUCUCGGUAAUCUCCACAUCAAGCCCUGGUAUCCGUCCUUCUAUCCUGAAGAUCUCAUCGGCGGGCGGAAGGCAGACUGGCUUUAUGUGUGCCAGUGGUGCUUUAAGUAUACGCAUGAGAUUAUGAAGUUUAGUGCGCAUUGCAAAGUCUGUCCGUUGAAGGCGAAUCCUCCACCCGGCGUGCUGGUGUAUGAGAAGGAUGACUAUAGCAUUUACGAAAUUGACGGGGAGGAGCACAAGCUCUACGCUCAAAACUUGUCGCUCUUCGCAAAACUCUUCCUUGAGACCAAAUCCGUCUUCUUCGACGCGAGUACCUUCCUCUACUACAUUCUCGCGCUGAAACUUCCCGCUUCGGAAUCAGAUGGUGUAAACACCGACGCCGAGCACCGACCGCAACAGGUCACUGGUUUCUUCAGCAAAGAGAAAAUGAGCUGGGACAACAACAAUCUCGCCUGUCUCCUCAUCUUCCCUCCCUUCCAACGUCGAGGAUUGGGACAGAUCCUCAUCGGCGCAUCAUACCACCUCGGCCGGGCUGAAGGACGGCUCGGCGGACCUGAGAAGCCGCUCUCGACAUUGGGUCGGAAAGGUUACUUGACUUACUGGUACGGAGAGAUCGUUCGGUUCAUUGUCAAUCAGCCGAACAGGAAGACAGCGAGCGUUAAAGAGAUCAGUGAAAGCACCUGGAUCCUGGCCGAGGACGUUGUGGCGGCGCUCAAGGAGAUGAAUGUCCUUGAGACGAGGAAGACGGCGGCGGGGAAUGUGGUGGUGAACAAGAGGAAGGUUUUGGACUGGGCUGAGAGAAAUCACAUUGGUCUCGAACCGGUUGUGGACGAGGAGGCUUUCGUGGAGGAGGAAGAGGAGGCUGCUAGUGAGAUUGCGGAUAGUGAGGACAUGGAAGAAUGAGAAAAGUCAUCAUUCAUUAGAUUUUGUGCAGCGAAGGCGUAUUUGCUGCCAGGCACGCAGCAUGUCUAUUUUGAGCUGAGUUGACAGAGCUUUGGUUCCUGACCAGUUCGUCCUUCAGCGCGCUCGUGCAGUAGACCACCCGAUUUCCUUCCAUCCAAUCAUCUACCAGCCCGGCGC